GCAUCCUGCUGUUGCGUCAUGCAACGCGCUCCUACGCGAUUCCUCCCAUUCCGCGUAACCAUCCUUCUGCCUGAACGCGAUUACGCGGCCAUGUCUACCUUAAACUCGCAGCACUCAUCUCAUCUCUGCUAUAAAGAGUCGCACAUGCGCUUUAAUCACCUACUAAAACCGCAUUAACCUACUCACCACAGUCACUGUUCCAACGAUCCCAUCCACUCAGAAUGCCAAUCACCGAACUCGCCCUCCUCCACCUCACCCCCGGCACGACCCUAUCCUCGCUCACCCUCCGCGCCAACCUCUCUCACGCAAAAACCGUCCUGCAAAACUACACAAACCGUACUUUCUACUAUCUGCAGCAGAUCUCCGAUCCGAGCUGCAUCUACGUAGUGGGAGAAUGGGACUCGCUAGACCAGCACCUGCACGACUUUAUUCCUAGCGCAGAUAACCAAGCGCUGCUGGAGAGCUUGAAAGAUUAUAUUACUGUGGAUUCCAACCUCGAACAUCUCGAUGUGCCGAAUGCGGAGCUGCCCUUGCCUCGGAGUGAGGAGGCACGGGAGAAAGCUGUGAGAGGGGAACUGGUGUGGAGUAUUGCUCAUUACACUAUCAAGGCUGGGAAGCGAGAGGCUUUUGAAGUUGAGUUCAGCGAGAUGAAGGAGAAGCUGGAUAGGUUUGCUGGGGAGGGCGGACUUGGAGGUGGAUGGUGUGUUGGGAAGAAGGAGGGAGAGGAUGACGUGUUUGUGACGAUUUUUCCGUGGAGGAGUGAGGGAGAGUAUGAGCAGUUUGGGAAGUCGAAGGAGGGGAGGGUGUCUGCGGAUACCGGGGAGUGUGUUGAAGAGAUGAAUACUAGACAUGUUAGGCUCUUGGAUAUCUAGCACGUUGACCUAGGGAAGAACUGGGCACCCUAGAGUCUACAUUAACGUUGGCUCGCUUACUUUGCACGUGUUGAUCUCGAUGUAAUCUGCAGACCUUUUUAGUAUUUCCUUUGUAUGAGGUGCUAGUCUUGGUUUGUGUGAUUG